AUGGUAUCUUUCUCCACACUCGGGCUUUUCAAUUCAUCUAUCGGUGCAGUCCUACCUCCAAUCAGGCAUCACUACAACCUCACAGACCUGCACGUUUCUGUCCUUUUCCUUGCUAGUCCACUAGGCUACAUCUUCGCGGCUCAAUGCAGCGACAUCAUCCAUCAACGCUUCGGGCAACGUGGCAUAGCAAUCACUGGACCCGUCUUUCAAAUCCUUGCUAAUCUGAUCAUUGCUUUACAUCCGCGAUUUGGGUGGGUACUUGUCGCUUUUGGUCUACAGGGAAUUGGAGCCGGUCUACUCGAUGGAAGUUGGUGUGCAUGGGCUGGCAGCAUGGAGAAGGCAAACACUAUAUCUGGAAUGCUACACGGGAGUUACAGUGUAGGCGGGGCAGCGGGGCCUUUCCUCGCUACCGUGAUUACAACCAGUAAUCGGCCUUGGUACCUUUGGUACUGGGUCCUGUUGCUGAGCUGCGUCAUUCUGACCGUCGCCUUCUGGAACCAAACCGGAUCUGUAUAUCGUCAGAGCAAACAGGCAAAUUUGCUUGCCAGUAAGGUCGACGCAAAAGCCAUCUUUCGCCAUCGCGCGACAUGGCUUUGCGGAGCCUAUUUCCUCACGUAUGUCGGCACAGAGACGGCAAUCUCUGGUUGGGUCGUAUCAUUCAUGCUACGUAACCGCGCAUCGACUCCAUACUUGGCAAGCAUGGCUUCCUCUGGUUACUGGGUCGGCAUGGCCAUUGGUCGGUUAGUGUUGGGCUUCGGUACUGACCGAAUAGGCGUGCGGCGCGCAGCGGUGCUGUACUUCAUAUGUGCAGGAGUACUCGAAGCAUUGUUUGCAGUGCUGACAUCUCCAAUCGCUUCGGUGGUGCUGAUGACUCUAUUGGGUUUCGUCAUGGGUCCACUUUUCCCCUCCGGUGUCGUUGUCUUGACACGCUUACUGCCAAGCGAACUGCAUAUCGCAGCAGUCUCCUUCGUCUCUUCACUUGGCCAAGUUGGAGGCGCUUUUCUUCCUUUCGCGAUUGGGGCGGUUGUGGAAGGUCUGGGCAUUGGUGUCUUCCGAUAUGCUAUUCUUGUUCAAACUGCCCUUUCAUUAGGCGCUUGGCUAGCAUUUGCUAGAGUGCGGACGACCACUCGCAGUCAAAUUAGCAGCCAAGAAACGUCAAGAGAGGAUUGA